AUGGCACCCACAAUCCCUCAACCAGCAGGAAAACCAGAAGACUAUGUGCGAAAACGCUUUCCCAUGACAAAUGGCCAACGCAAAGCUUUACGCGAUCGUGCUCGAUUGACGCCUCACGGUAGACAAAAGGACCUGUGCUCUUGGUUCCUUGAACGAUUUGGCCAUACACCAUCACAAGGAACUAUUUCGGAUAGUCUAUCAGCGAAAUACGAUUGGCUUGAUGACCCAAAUGUCAACAUCAACUAUGAUGCCGUCAAGUUGAGACCUUCGAGCUGGCCCGAUCUCGAAGAGGCUUUGAUCACAUGGUAUCGUCAAAAUGAAGGCACAAUGAACAUCAACUAUUCCGUGCUCGCUGAGCAGGCUGCUCGAUUGUGGCAUGAGAUGGAACAAUAUAGAGAUCAGAACCCUCCACAAUUCAGUAAUGGUUGGAUUGAUGGUUUCAAGCGACGUCACAAUCUCACCAGGCGUUCUCACAAGAAACAUCACGGCAUCGUACCCAGAGUACCAGCCGGAGUUCGUCUGCAACGCCUGGCAGAGGCCCGAUCUGGCCAAGAACCUGAGGACCCAAUCCAUGUCGAGGCCCAACCUAGUGACGGAGUUGGGGAUCAAUCCGAGGUUGACUAUAGUGUUUCUGAGCUUGAGCGUUCCAUCGCACAAUAUAAUAGUCAACAUACUCCAGCGCCUCAUCCCGCAGUCGCUGCAGCACGUCGUCUAUUCGAACAACCUCAAUCGCAACCCCAAACUCUGCCUCGACCUCAGGUUCGACCUCAAGCGCAGCCUCCGCUGCAAGCGGAGCCACGUCGUGCCCUACCACGUAUUUCCAGCGAUGAUGAGAUCGCGGAACAAGUGUCUAACGCGUGCCAGAUUGCCAGCCAAUUCAACCCGGCAGAUAUAUACAUCUGCGAUGAGACAAAGCUCUACUGGAAUCAAUCACCCGAUCGUCGUAUGCUGGCCUCAGAAACAGCUCAGAUGCUCAACAUGAUCUGCUGCAACGCCGAUGGAACUGACAAGCUCCCACUGUGGCUCAUCGGCACACAUCAGUCGCCUCGAGCAUUCGAUCUGGCUGGCAUCAACAUAAACGCCUUGAACUGCGUAUGGCGAGCGAACAACUCUGCUGAGCUGCAAUUUGUGAUUAUGCGCGAUUGGCUUCGGUGGUUUGACAAAAGGAUGGCAGGCCGACGAGUUCUGCUGUUCCUUGACGAUUUAAAUAUCCAUCAAGAUGUCAUCGAAAGCUUUCGCUCCACUCAGCAACCACUUCAAAACACCAUCGUAUAUCGCCUACCUUCCCCUCACCCCGAGAAGUUCCAGCCACCCGCCAAAGGCAUUAUUAGGACGUUCAAGGCACAUUAUCGCAAGAAGUGGCUGCGCCACAUGUGUGAUCAGAUUGCCAUGCGAAAAGCCCCACUAAACACAACCAACGUGUUACAUGCAGUCAGAUGGGCCAUCCAGGCAUGGCAAUCGACAUCUGCAAGCGCUAUUCAUACUUGCUGGGCACAUUCUACACUGAUUCCAUCUGAAGAUGAGAUCACACCAGAUCCAUUCGUAGAGUUCGUUAUACCAGGAACCCUAGAAGCCACGCUAGAGAUCCAGACCUUGCUUGAUCGUUUGCGCCAACAGACAGAUAUCCGUCUACACAAUACCAUCAACGAUUUCAUCGAUCCGCGAGAGGAAGACUACAAAGACAUUCCGAACGCCCCGCUAGUACCUGCGUUCGUGACUCGUGCUGACCAUGAACCUGGAGAAGAGGCAGAUGCACAGGCUAGAGUGACUGUGAAAGAGGCAUUGAAAGCGCUAGAGGUGCUAAGGAAGUUCGAGGAACAGGCUGCUGACGAGCAGGUAACGUUGAUUCAGAGGUUGGAUGAACACGAGGAGAGAUUGAGGCGGAAGGAAAGGGAGAUCGAAAGACAGGAGAACAUGAGUGCAUUAUUUAGCUUGCAUUCGUGA